UAUGUUGUGCAUAGUGUUCAUUUAUAUGUAAAUCUUCGUACCGAGCUCUCAUUGUUAAAUUAAAACAUUAGUCGCGUUUUCAUGAGUAUCAAAUAAAUAAGUUUAUUUACGUAACUUAUAAACAUCAUCAUGGCCACCAAUGACCCAAGUGUAAACAGUAUUCCAUCAGCCCCAAAUGAUUUGCCCCCUCCAUAUUCAGCCGUUGUAGGUAAUCCACCUUAUGGCUUUGUAGCACCUACGGGGAAUAGUUACAUUCCCACCGGCUCAGAACCUCCUAAAUAUUUCACGCCUCCUGGUGUAUAUCCCCAUCCUUCCCCGAAUACAGUCAAUAUUUCUCAGCCUCAUGCACAAGAUAUGCCUACAUCGUCAAAUAUGGCAGUUCCUGUUGGGGUUGUCUUACCAGCUGUUGCUGUAGGAUCGGAGCCAACAACAGUUACUUGUUAUAAUUGUGGAAAAGUAGUUACCACUCGAGUGACCUAUACCACUGCUUGGCAUACACACUUGGUUGCCGGUUCAUUAUGCAUCAUCACUAUGGCCUGUUCAUUAUGCUGUCUUGGGUUGGUCCCAUAUUGCUUUGAUACAUUCAAGGAUGCAGAGCAUUACUGCCCAAACUGCAGUACUUUUAUUGGAAAAAGCAAUAAGUGUUAAUGUCAAAUUUCUCAUUUUAUGUUAAAUAUAUGGAUUGACACAAAUUCCAAUAUUAUGUAAACAAUAGCCAAGAGAAAAAUUUUGUGCCAUGUAAAUAUAAACCUGUAAUAUCCAUGAUUCUAAGGCAGCUGCGGUUGCUGAGAGAUGCUUACUCAAUUUUCAAAAUUAAGAGUAAGAAGAGAAUGGAUCACCAUAUCAUGUACACAAGCAUUCUUCAAUUGGUCUUGUGAUGUUUUAGCAAGUGUGUUGUCAUUAUAUAUUGGCCUAAAAUUUUUAAUACUUUUUCCAUUGUGAUCAAAAUAUUUUGAACUAAAUGUAUAUCUGAGCUAAACACA